UUCACUCCAUUUUCAAUCCCCGCAAUGAACAAAAGCAAGAUUCAUCGGCCUGGAUUCCCUACUUCAAAGGGUUUAGGCAGCUUUGGUGAUGCCAAUUGCAUGGAACAACUUUUAGUGCACUGCGCAAACGCUAUCGAAAGCAACGACGCCACUCUAGCGCAGCAGAUUCUUUGGGUUCUCAACAACAUCGCACUACCAGAUGGUGAUUCCAACCAGCGGUUAACAUGUGCUUUCCUUCGAGCUCUCAUCGUCCGAGCAGCAAAAAAUGGCACCUGCAAAAUGCUUGCAGCGAUGGCCAACACUCAUCGCAACCUCUCUGUAGACAUCCACACUUUCUCAAUCAUCGAGCUGGCUAGCUUCGUCGACUUAACCCCGCGGCAUCGGUUCGGUUUCACAGCGGCGAAUGCAGCCAUACUAGAAGCUGUUGAAGGGUAUUCGGUCGUUCAUAUAGUUGAUUUAAGCUUGACACAUUGCAUGCAAAUCCCUACAUUGAUCGAUGCCAUAGCCAAUAGGCUCGAAGGACCUCCACUAGUGAAACUCACAGUUGCCGGUGGCGCAGCUGAAGAUGUCUCACCGAUGCUUGAUCUUUCAUACGAAGAGUUAGGCUCCAAAUUGGUUAACUUCGCUAGGUCCCGCAACGUCAUACUGGAAUUCAGAGCGAUACCUUCGAGUUACGUCGAUGGAUUCUUUUCUUUGAUCGAGCAGCUUCGAGUUCAACAUUUAGUAUAUGCAGAGAGCGGUGAGGCUCUAGUUAUAAACUGUCAUAUGAUGCUUCAUUAUAUACCAGAAGAAACUUUGCCUCCUCUUUCUGAUAUAAAUUCAAACCCUUAUUCAUUUGAAUCAUAUUUUUCCGGUACUCAAUCUCUUCGAACCAUGUUUCUAAAGGCGCUUCGAGUGUUAGACCCAACAAUUGUUGUACUAGUCGAUGAGGAUGCGGACUUGACAUCGAAUAAUUUGGUGUGUAGAUUAAGGUCUGCUUUCAAUUAUCUAUGGAUACCCUACGAUACGGUGGACAAGUUUCUUCCACAAGGGAACAAGCAGAGGCAGUGGUACGAGGCUGACAUUUGUUGGAAGAUAGAGAAUGUGAUAGCUCAUGAAGGUCUGCAAAGGGUCGAGAGGCUCGAACCAAAGAGCCGGUGGGUGCAGCGGAUGCGAAACGCCGGGUUUCGCGGGGUUAAAUUCGGUGAAGACGCCAUCUCCGAAGUGAAAACAAUGCUUGAUGAACAUGCAGCUGGAUGGGGAUUGAGGAAAGAAGAUGAUGAUCUUCUACUUACUUGGAAAGGACAUAAUGUUGUAUUUGCCACAGCUUGGGUGCCCGCUUGAAGCUCAUUUUUUUCUUCUUCAUGAAAUUAUAAUUUGAAUUUUCUUGU